CUUCCUCAGACCUGGUGUCAACCAUCGGACUCCAGCAGGCUGCAGCCUGAAAGGAGGAGGGGGGUCAGAGCAGCACGUUCUCUUUCAGCAUGCAAACAUGGACAUGAUAUUACUGCUGCUCCAUUAUGGCAAAAACCAUAAUCACGAUUAUUUAACACGAUUACUCGUUGACUUUGGAAACAUCGUGCAUCUAUUUAAAAAAAACAACUUGUCUUUUUAACCGUGGAUUUCCUUGAACAAUAACAGAUGCAGACCAGGGUUAGACGCUAGACUUUUCUGACGGCCAACAUGUCCGUUAAUAUUCCAGAAUUCCGGCCAUAUAGAACAACUAGCGGACAUAUGUUUAAAUAGCCAUAUAAUAUCCUACAUUUAUACAGCAAUAAAGCACAAAAACACAAACUGUGAUCCAACAAAUGUAUUUUAGUCAGCAGAAUGAACUCUUCACACACUUUGUGAACUGAGCAUAUAAGCAACAAUAAUAAAAUAAAACUAAUAUCCUUGCUGUUGGUAAUUGAAUGCAGCCAUGUUGGCAGCCUGCAGCUGCAGCUCCACCACCUCCACCUGCCGCCGUCUCCCUGAGCCGCCUCUCACCGGGGCCCUACGGGGAAAAUUAAACCUCCUACUGAUCAAUUACAUGUUAUUUAACCGUGGAGCUCCGGGCUGAUCCGUUUGUUUCACUGUGUCAGUGCUGGAUGUAACGUUACCUGAGAGAAAACCGUCAGACUUUUCAGAGUCAUAACAGAGUCGUAACAGUGGAGGCAAAACCAAACUUUUAAUAAUAUAAGUUUAUAUUUAAGUUGUCUUGGCAACAUAUCUCAUAGGUCUCACAAUAUUAUGACAUUUGACUGUUAAAUUCAGACACAUUCAUGCUGUGAGGAAGACUCCGCUCUGUCUGUCUCACUGCGCUGGAUUUAUAACACAAGACAAAACCAGAGCAUCAUUGUGAAGCAGAAUGUGGCAGAAUAAUCGAUUUAUCUCGAUUAUCUUGUUUUCAUAAUCGUUGGAAGACAAAAUAAAACUUGAUUAAUCGAGCAGCCCUAUGACAUCACUGAUCCUGAUCAUACUGAGGUGCUUUGCUGUUGCUAGGCAACACACCUGUCAAUCACCUGAGUGCAGGUGAGCUACACAUGACGACUAUCAACAGCAGCUACAUUCAGCCAAUCAGAAACAGGCGUCUCAAAGUCAAAUCAUGUUGACAAUGACACUUUUUCUGGUUAUAUCUUAUGUUACUCUUACCUACCUUCCAUAGCCCCUAUUGUUCUCCAUGCUCUCUUGUAUUGUUAUUGUUUAUUUAUUUAUGUGUUUGCUAUGAUUGUAUAGUUUGUGUAAAUAUGCUUCAGCAACGUUCAGCAGCGUUUUUAUAUGUAAAAAACUGGAGGGGCACCAACUACUUCAAUAGACAGGCUACAUACCAGGAAAACUACAGUACUUGACCUUGAUACUGAUGUGUUUUUAACAUGUUCUGGAUCCACAAAACACUUUUAACAACAAAGUGGCUUCUAGCAGGUCUGUACACAAAUACAGAGGAAGAGAGAGAGAGAGAGAGAGAGAGUGUUUGUCCCUGCAGGAAGUAGAGCUCAUGGAACUGAAGGAGCUGCUGCUCUCCAACCAGACAUCCACUGAGUCCACACAGCAGCUCAAAGACCAAUACAGCCAGAUGAGGAAUGUGUUGAAGACCUCCCUGCAGGAGCUGAGAGGAGAGGUCCAGGAGCUGCAGCAGGACAGACAGGCUACAGGGAGAAAAUUCACUGCUAUGAGAGAGGAACUGCUCCUGAGAGAGCAAACCAUCCUCAGCCUGAAGGAGCAGCUGCAGAGUCUCAGAGCAAACCAACGAGAACCCUCCAUCACCACCAACAGCUCCCCUCACUCUGAACCACAGCCCUCUACCUCCACCUCCACCUCCACCCCGACUGACACCAGGUCAUCACAACGACCUGCAGUAACGCCCACCCCCACCCUCUCUACCACAGACUCACAAAGGGAGGCCACUACCAGCAGGCCUAGCAAAACAUCUGGAGAGGUAAAGAUAACCAGUGAUGCUGACAUUGUGAUCCUAAUAGACUCAAAUGGGAAACGUGUUAAAGAGGACCAGCUUUUUCCUGCUCACAAAGUUAAUAAAUUCUGGUGCUCCAGGACUGAUAACGCCCUCCAGCUGCUCACUGAGUCCACCUUGGGUCAACCUAGCCACAUUAUCAUCCACACAGGUAGUAAUGACCUGAGACUACAGCAGGGGAGGGUAGCAGAGUCUAUGAAGAGAGUAGCACAGAGAGCUACACAGACCUUCCCCUCUUCCAAGAUCAUUAUCUCCACCAUCCUCCCAUGAAGAGACUUCCAUCCUGACACCAUCCAGAGGAUAAACACUGAUAUCUCCCGUGGACAGUGCUGGAAUGUAACGCAGUACAAAUACUUCCUUUAUGUACUUAAGUACAUUUUUCACGUAUCUGUACUUUACUUAAGUAAAAAAUAUAGAGCAUACUUUUGACUUUUACUCCAUUACAUUUUGCAGCUAUUAUCUGUACUUUCUACUCCAGUACAUUUCUAAAAUGCACCUCGUUACAUUUUAUGAUUGAUCAGUCAUCAAAAUGCCUCGGAGGUUUAAACCAAUCAGGUGCUGCUAUCCCGGCCUCCAAUGACAGCAGAGCACGCAUUUGGAAGCAGCAGUUGUGAUUUGAACAUUCAAUAUGGACCCAGAGACUGAGCCCCCUGAGUCCAGCCACCCUUGGCCCUAUUUGAAGGAAAUGUUUAAAUAUAUAAGCUCCAGGAAUCAACUGUCUGCCUCAAAGAAAACAACUACUGGCUUUCAAAAAUUCACCUUCAAAUCUAAAGAAACACAUUGAGGUGAGCAGAGCUCUUGCUAUGCUAAGUUAUUUUCUCAGGCUUAUACAUGUUAGCCAAGGUUAUAUUAGUUUAGUUUACUGACAUCAUGUUAUGAAUGCUCUAAUCUAGUGAAGUACAUGUUAAUAUACAGCAGUCGCCAGAAAAGACAACGGUGCUUUCAUUAUUUAGCUAACUUCCAUGGGAAGGUAAGGUGGUAAGUUAGGUUAGCUUGUCAUACAUGCUAGCUGGACGUCAUUUACAAUGUAAUAUAGGGUCUAGCUUUUCUAGGUUGUGAAAUUAGUAUUAAUGGACAAGUUUGCACUUGCACAUUGCCUAGAUAGUGCAGGUCAAAUUAGUCUAAAACACUUAAGUGAACGUUAUUUACCGCAGGCAUAAGCUUGUUUGUUUUACAUUAGCCGUGUAGCGGUCACGAUUAAAAGGUUCACGUUUAAUAUGGAUCGGUUCCAAGAGUGUUGGUGGGGGGGCUGUGAGUUUACAGACCAGCACUGUCCAGUCUGUUAAUGUGAAACACUGCUGUGUAUUUUCUUCUGAGCUCUUUAGCAGAGAAAGUUGUGGUAAGUCUGAGCCCACAACGUUAAACAUCACUCCUCUCCUUCGUUGGUUUUCCAGACAGACUGAAAGCCACACCGCCAUCUACUGUCUGUAUCGGAGUAUAUAACACCAGAAUUUAACCAGAUUUGAAGAUAUAACCGUCUUCUUUAUUGGUUCUGCCUAAUGAUAUUAGAAAAUGCAGAUGUUACUACUAGUAAUUCUUAUACCUCUGCAGAUGCCAUUAGUAAUACUUACCAGCAACAACUUUUGUUUAUUGUAAAGGUUAGCGUACUUAUGCUUACCCUCUGUGAUACAUUUCACGCUCUAAUUUAUAAUUCUGUAGAUUAUAUGUUACCUAACAGGGUAACGCAGCUCCAUACUAUGUUUUUUAUUGAAAUACAGGCCUGGACAUUAAGAGACAACCCAUUGUUGAGCUUCAGUACUUCCUCCACCACUGCCCGUGGAUGUGCCCUCAUGGCAAAUGUCCACCUCCAGCCUCUUGCAACAUGACAUCCUCACCACCCCUGGGCCACCGAUGAGGCAGCAACCCCGCAGAAUGGCCAGAGACAAACAGAUUGCUGCAGACCAACAGAUGCAGCAGAGCCUGGGGGCAGGCAUAGCUCAGCCCAGCAACAGCAGCUGGGCCGCACCAAUUGUGAUGGUGUGGAAGAAGGACCAGAGCCCACGCCUGUGUGUGGACUACAGGCCCCUGAACAAGCGGACUAUUAAAGACGCCUAUCCCCUGCCACGUAUCCAGGACAUGUUGGACACCCUGUCUACCGCCAAGUACUUCAGCACGCUGGACUUGACAUCAGGAUACUGGCAGGUGGAAAUGACACCCAGGGCCCGCAAAGCCACCACUUUCUGUACCCGGAAGGGACUUUUUGAGUGGAAUGUGAUGCCUUUUGGACUCUGUAAUGCGCCGGCCACAUUCCAGCAGCUUAUGGACCGUGUCCUGGUCGGACUACAA